AUGUCGUCGUUACGCGAAUUGUCAAUUUCCAGCGAAAAAUGUUUGAAGCUAAAGGCCGGUUCAUUUGCCGGCGUUACACAGAUCGACUUUUUCAAUCUUCGAGGCGUCCGCCUUGAAAAUAAUCAGAUUCUGCUGAUUGAUGUUGAUGCUUUUCAUGGCUUAGAUACUGUUGAACGUCUUGUUCUUACCAACAAUAAAAUUGGCAACAUCUCAUCACAUGCCUUCACGUCAACUGUCAAUAUUGGAGACUUAAUAAUUGAGGAAAAUCAAAUCAAAUAUUUAAAUCCAGGAUCUCUACAAAGCACUGCGUGGCGUACAAAAUUCAGAGAUAAUCACAUUGAAUGUAACUGCGCAAACCAGUGGAUUAGGUACAUAAAGGACAUAUUUCUCCUGAAACACAAUUUUUGUGGAGCUGAAGAAGGAUUCCGAACACUGAUGAAUUAUACGCCAAACUGUCAACUGAAGACACAAAAAUCGGCAUCGGACACAGUUUCAGCACUGUCAAAAGUAUAUUUAUCGUUUGUUUAUAUGAUGUUAUUUCUUUAUCUUAUAAGCGUUUGA